AUGCUGACUGACUUUAAAGUGGCGGAGGAACUGCUGCAGGAUGUCUAUGUCUGCUAUGAGAAGACAAAGGAGUCAGAGGCAGAAGAUGCAGCAGAGGAUGAGAACGAACCACAGUGGAUUGAAGUGAUUGUCGAGGUGCUGCUGAAGUUGAUGUCCCUCCAUUCCCACCUGGGGCGAGUCAUUGCUGUCUGCGUGUUUCGUUUGUUGUCUGAGCACAUCACCCCGUCUGCUGUUGCUCUUAUAACUGAGGUUCUUAUUCCAAAGAAGACUCCUGGAGGGGGAGCGGAUGAUGUUUUAGUUGAGACAGACACUGAAGAAAAUCUGGAUGACGAGGCUGAAGAGGCUAAUGAUUCCACCAGUGACUCCAGUGAUGAGGAUGAGCAGGAACCAAUGGACGAAGAAAAUCUGACACCUAUAGCUGAAACUUCUGAUGAUUCUCAUCCUCAACAAGACAAUUCUGGUGAUGACAGUGAGAGCUUGCCAGAUUUGAGCGACUCUGAGAUGUUCAAGAUGGAUGCCAUGCUGGCUGAAGUUUUUAAACAGAGACAGCAAAAUUCAGGAAAGAAAGUCCGAGUGGAGAAAAAACAGGAGCUGAUCAACUUUCAAGUCAGGGUCUUGGAUCUGUUGGAGAUAUUGAUCAAAGGAGACAGAUGUGGAGAUUUUGUGUUUAAUCUACUGAAGCCCCUGGUUACUUUGAUGCUGAAAUCUGGCAACACUGGGACCCAGGUCCUGGCCGACAGAGCUAAGACCUUGUUUACUCUUCUGAAAUCCAAAGCUAAAGGUCUCAAGGACAGCAUCCACUCAGCAGAAGACCAAAAACAGUUGUUCUUGGAGUUGUUGGACUUGGCAAAGAAAGCAACAGACAAGCGCCACCUGCAGGACGUCUCUGUGGCCUGUUACAUUCUGACAAGUAUUAGCCUGAGUCAGUCACAGUCACAGUCACAGGAACCAGCAAGUUCCUGCGCACAGCUGGUGAUGAAUGCUCUUGAGCGGGUAAUCACCAAGAAAUCAUCCAAGCCUUCUGUCACAUUCUUCACCAUGUUAAUAGAACUUGACCCGAGUCAGUUUCAAGAACUGGGUCCCAAGUUAGUUGAGAAACUGAAAGAAGAAUCUGCCAAGCCUCACACUCGGAUGGUCUGUUGCUUGGUCCUGGCCAGUUUGUGCAAGAAAUCAGAAAAUGUUAAAAAGACAGACUUGAAAGCUAUGACACAGUGGAUGAAAGAAGCUGUCCAGGUUGUCAAUCAGUUGAUUUUAUCCCUCUACAAAGUCAUUUUUUACAAGGAUGUUCUGACAUUGGCUGUUGCACUGCAAGCCAGACGAGAUAUCUUGUCAGAGGUGUUAUUUGGUGCAGAUGUCAAAGAACAUCUAAUGAAAGCCAAAUCAAAGUUCAACACAGAUCUUCGUCGCUUGGCGAACAGGAUUAUUUCAUCCAUAGACAAAGAGAAUUGCCGGCCCAAAUUUGCAAAGAAGCGGAAAGCAUCAAAUGCUGGUCUGACUAGCACUCCAUCCCAGAAGAAACUGCGAGUCUGA